CGAGCCGCACAGGCCUUACGCCAGAAGAGGCUCUCUACAAACAGCCAUAAAAAGCCCCGCCAGCCUGCCUGAACCUGCACAUUUCAUUUCAGCGGGGAGCCUGGCUGAAGCUCCCUGGUUGACCUGGCUGCGCGUCCGCGCAUGGAUGCGCACCUAUCUCACUUGAAUUAGAAAACUAUUCCUACAUUGCCUGUGCUUAGUGCGGGGCAUUCGUGCUUUUCUAUGUUCCCAUCUCCUCGGCGCAGGGGCAGGCGGUGGCAGCCCUUUCCCCUCGCUGGGCAUUCCCGGCACGGUCCCGGCCGGGUCCUUCCCCCGCAUUCCCGGGGGACAGCGGGAGCGGGGCGGGCGCUCCGAGGCAGCGCGGCUCUCCCCGCCCCCGGCUCCCGGGGCCCUCCCGGCCCUCGGGCGGCGGGGACGGGCAUGGAUUUGGCGGGAGUCUAUAAAAAGCCGCCGUGAGGCGAGGCCACCGUCUUGCCAGAGCCGCCGGCAGAGGCUGGGGCGCGGCGCCGGCACCGCACCAUGAUCAACCCCAACUACUACCCCUGGGGCUACGACAGCGACAACGGACCAGAUCAGUGGCACAAAAAUUACCCUUUUGCAAAAGGACGCCAUCAGUCACCGAUUGAAAUCAAUAACAAAGAGGUGCAUUAUGAUAGUUCUCUACUACCAUGGUUUGCUAGUUAUGACCCUGGUGCAGCUAAGACCAUCCUCAAUAAUGGGAAAACCUGCAGAGUUGUGUUUGAUGAUUCAUUCGAUAGAUCAGUGCUGAGAGGUGGGCCACUUCCAGGAGUCUACAGGCUGCGGCAGCUGCACUUCCACUGGGGCUCAUCUGACGACCACGGCUCAGAGCAUGUCGUGAAUGGAGUGAGGUAUGCAGGAGAGCUACAUUUGUUACACUGGAAUCCCAAAUACAGUAAUUACCUUGAUGCUAAGAGGAGAACUGAUGGGAUUGCUGUUUUGGCCAUAUUUUUGCAAGUAGGGGAAACUCCCAAACCAGAGAUGAAGAGAAUUCUUGAAGAAAUAAAUGCUAUCAAAACAAAGGGGAAAAAUGCUCCUUUUCCAAACUUCGAUCCUUCAAUUCUUUUCCCUAAAUCUCAUGACUACUGGACAUACCAUGGAUCUGUCACUACUCCACCUUGCGAAGAGUGUGUUACCUGGAUUAUUCUUAGAGAGCCCAUCAUAGUCAGUUCAGACCAGAUGGCAAAGCUCCGCAGCCUCUCCAAGAAUGCUGAGAACGAACCCGAUCACCCCUUGGUUGAUAACUGGCGCCCGACUCAGCCGCGGUAUUUCAGGAUGGUGAGCGCGUCGUUCCUCUAGGACCUGGCUCCUGUUGGGUGGCUCUGAGAGAGGCAACCUCUAGAAACAAGAGGUGUUUUUGUUUUGUGUCUUUUGCUGCAUUUACACAGAGCUCCAGCUGUACGUCUGGAGGCUGAAACUUGAGUUGUGGAAUGAGAAUUUCACUUUCAGAGGAUAACAUUUGUUUAGGCAAAUCCUACUGUUAAAAUGGAAGUAGAGAGUCUGUUUGAUUCUUCAUAACUGCUUUAACAUUAGCUUUUGUUAAUAGUUCAAAGGAAGAAGGAAGAUGCUACUAAUAAUUACAAGACAAUUUCCUAUUGUGCACAUGUCCCUUGAUGCUUGUCUGAUUGCAUGCUAAAGAGGUUUCAGUUAAGAGAAGUAAUUGUUUCCACCAUUAAAGAUAUUUUUCAGUAGAUGUUUUCAGCAUUACCCAUAUCCAGCUCUGAGCUUCACCAGUUAAUCCACAAGGCAUUCUUGGAAAUUAUAAACUCUUUUGGUCUUUGGUACAUAAAAUAUGAAAAGAUAGGAAAUUGUGUUAUAAUCGCUAAUAAAGAGCUAAACUUUUACUUUCUUAAAGCAGUGGACAGGUGAAACAGAGGUCUAUUCUGAAAAUUAUAUUCACCGAGUUAUAUGUAGUUAAAACUAUGGGAAGGGGGAAGAGCUAUUUCUUUUUGUGUCACAACUGGUUCCCUUUAUUAAAAGACUAAUUUCCAUUUUAAUAUUGUAGCAGUCAAGGUGACAUAAAUUUUGUGAAGUUGGUCUUUGUAUCCUUCGUAUAUAUUUUAUUCAUGUAUGCAAAUAGCUUUUCUGUGUAAAAAGGGUGUUAAAAUAAGAAGAGUCCUUAGUCUUUUUAAUUAUUUUUGAGACAAAUUCUCAUUUCCUAUACAAAUGUAAUCAAUCCUGCUGUCAAUGAAGUUUGUGCAUAAACAUCUGAAACCACAGUUGGACUCUUAAUCAAAAUGCAAUUGACCAACAUGUUCUUGUCUCUUGUUUUGCCACAAAGAACAAUGAAACAGGGUUGUAAACCUCUAAUUGAAAAACCACUAUUUCUGCAUUGA